AUGACAUCGCUCAAAUACCACCGCGAACUCAAGACACAUCCGCGCUUCCGGUUCGCACCGCGCCCAGCACUCAAGCAGUCGAUGACCGCCGCUGCUGUGCUGCAUAAUGAACGUCAAUUUGCUGUUAUGUGGUCCAACACGUCGAGCCUCGCAUGGAACAUUUUCACGGAGAUAUCGAUCCGGGCGCUGCUGUUGCUGUUCCUAUGCGUGCUCCAUUUGAGAUUCGAACCGGAGAUGCAUUACAUCACGGAGGCGGAGCUGCGUCCGGAGUACAGGCGGCCGCGGCGGGAGUCGCGGGUGCACAUGCAGACCGUCGUAGCGGUCAUAAUAUUCGUGCCGCUGUUCGCGAUCUCGUCGCAAGUGCUGUUGGGGCACCACGACGGGGCGCUGCGCGGGCUGCUGGGCUGGAAUCUGGCGCUGAUCGCGAACGCGGUCACCACGGAGGCGCUCAAACUGGCGGUGGGCCGGCCGCGGCCGGACUUCUUCUACCGCUGCUACCCGGACGGCGUGGUGACGGCCGACCGGCGCUGCACCGGCGACGAGAGGGAAGUGGCGGACGGGAGGAAGUCGUUCCCCAGCGGGCACAGCAGCUUCGCCUUCUGCUCGCUCGGCUACCUAGCGCUGUUCCUGCGGCGGAUGGCGAGGCGCGCCCCGCCGCUCGUAAGGCCCAUACCGUUCGCGAUGGCGGCCAUCAUAAGCGCCACACGGGUGUGCGACAACCGCCACCACUGGCAGGACGUGGCGGCCGGCGCCCUCAUCGGGCUGCUGGUCGCGCACUUUUCCUUCGAACGGUACUGCCCGCAGCGCAGCCGCCGGCGCGCCGGCUCUGAGAGCGCGUCGUCUAGUAGCGUCAGCAGUAGCGCCGGCCGCACGGCCGAU